UCUCUGUGUGGACGUGCUUAUUGUUUUAUCGGUUUUUAUAUAUUUUUUUAAUUAUUACUGAAUUAUUAGAUUUUGUACAAAUACGAUUACUUGUUAAUACACGAUGUCAAAAAUUAUUGGGCGCGCGUUAUCACAAAUAUUACAUUGUAAGCAAUUAACUUCCAUAGAUAGUUCUUCGAGGUUAUAUGGAAGAUGGAUGCAUAGGGAUCCUGGUAAAAUUAUGUUACCGUUUGAAUCCAAAUCAAAGGUUAAUUUGAAAAAAGAGAAGGUCAUUGAUAUAGAUCCUGAAAUUUUAAAUAAACCUAAAGAAAGAGAAGUGGACUCCACUAAAAUAAACAAAAAAACUCUUGAAGUGUCAUCGAAGAUUAAUAAUAUCGAAAAAUCGGAUAAAAUAAAAAAAAAUCGUGAAGAUAAAUUAAAAAAGAGGGCUUUUCAUCUAAGUCAAUGUAAAGUAUUUGAUGAUAAUAAUGAAAUUAUUUUUGAGAAAGUAAAAGAGAAUGAUGGUAGGAUAAGUAAUCUUUUAGUAAAUUUGAAAUCAAAAAAAGCAAGAAACUCAUCAGGACAGGUAUUAGUGGAAGGGUGGCGGUUGAUUGUAGAUGGAUUGGAGGCUAAAUGCAAUUUAAAGUAUGUUAUGUUUAGCCGUAAAGAAGAUUUGAAUAAUCUGCUCCCAUUUCUGCCAUCAAAGGGUGUAAAAUUUUAUAAAAUGCCAUAUAAACAAAUUACAUUAUGGUCAGAUGUAGAAACUUCUCCAGGAAUGUUAGGUGUAUUUGAAAUACCAUCACCAGACAAUGUACGAAGUUUAUCUAGACCUUUACCUCUUCAGUUUAUUUGUGACAAUAUACGAGUGCCAGGGAACUUAGGUGCUAUAUUAAGGGUGGCUGUAGGUGCUGGAUGUGAAAAGGUUGUAUUGACAAAGGGUUGUGUUGACCUCUGGGACCCGAAAGUUGUAAGAAGUGCCGCAGGAGCUCACUUUAGGCUACCUGUAUACAAUUCUGUAGAAUGGGCAGAUAUUCCACAACAUUUACAGCAAGAUACCUCAGUUCUUAUUGCUGAUAGUAAUGAAAAGGUUUUGCAUGACAAUUCAAUGGACUCUAUGGAUGAAGGCUGUGUUGGCAUGAGUAUACCUGUGUUGCCAUAUUAUGGUAUUGAAUAUACAUCUUUAAAACAUAUUACGUUAAUAAUAGGUGGGGAAACUGAAGGAAUUAGUAACGACAGUUAUAUAUUCGCAGCAAAAAAGAAUGGUUUAAGAGUGAACAUUCCCCUGCAACGGGGUGUCGACAGUCUUAACACAGGAAUGGCCACAGCUGUUAUUGCUUUUGAAAUAAGAAGACAACUCAUACAAGCUUGGACAAGAGAAAAAUUGGAGAGAAUUGGUGUAAACGCGACAUAGUAUACCUUAAUAUUGUUAUAUAGUAGUAUAGAAUAAAUAGUACAGUCAAUAUGUAGUCAAUAUGUUAAAAAUAUAUAA